UUGCUUGUUCAUUAUUGUUGGAUAUUCAAUUUAUCUAUUUAAUUAUCAAUUGUUAUUCUUCCCCAUUCCUAAGUUUGUUCUUCACACCCUUUUCCCUCCCCCACUAUGUAAGCCAUUCCCUCUCUCCAUCUUCCACUCCAUAGAAGAAAAAAAAAGUGUGUGUUCAUGCUCGCGCCCUUUUUGUCCCCCCUUUCCAAAUUAUGAUCUUGAGCUUUUGCAAAAAGGGUCUCCACUCCUUUCUGGGCCUCACCUACUUCAUUGAUAGUCAUACCGCCAACGACGCCGCCGUCGCCUGCCCCGCCACUAAAACAUCACCUCCUGCCUCUGCCGACGACACAACCAACGACUUGGCAAGACGAGUCGGUCUUACAACGGCCACCGGGGACAUGCGCCGCCAGCUGAACGUGUUGGAAUCAUCCGCCCUCAAAUCAUUGCCAGUGGCGAAGAAGGACCAGGAUAGGAACAAUAAUAUGGGAAUGUUCUUGGAUGGCGUAGGGGAGGUGGUUGAUGGGUUGAUGUCGUGCACCGAGAGCCUAGGGUUUGAGAGCUCUGAUGAGCGGAGGGUCGAUGACCACAUGAUGAUGGAGGACAUUGAGAGCAUGAGCAACAAGAAUUGUGAUGAUGAGUGGCAUCAUGUGGGGAGGACAAGGUGGAGGGAGGAGAGUGAGAGGAGGAGAGAGAAGAAGUUCCCACCUCCAUUGUCCUCCUUGAACCACAAGGGCCAACCUAGCUUCUUCCUUAGGCCUGUGAGGAGGGAUGGGAGGUUGGAGCUGACCGGGGUGAGGAUCGAUCGGCCCAAGAUCCUCCGCUCCUCAAGGCAGGAUGGGCGGCUGCGGUUGGAGUUCAUUAGAGACGAGGAGGAGGAGGAAGAACAAGAAGAAGUGCGAGAAGAACUAGAAGAUGAGAAGGAGCAAAUAAUAGAAGAAGAGGAGGAGGACAGCAACCACUGCGAGGUGCAGGAUUCCAACGAUUCGAUAGGGUACUGGAUAAGCGAAGAGACUGGUGAUCACGACGAGGAGAAUUUUAAAUUUGAAGAAGAGGAAAGGAUGGGUGAGGGGAGGUUUCAUCAAGAUCAUCAUCAUCAUCAACUGAGCAAUGAAAGGUUUGGGAGACGCCACAAAUUGGUGAACCACCGUGAACACCACCACCCCUACCAUCACCAUCACCUCCAUCACCACAAUAACUUACAUGUGUGGAGGCAACCUUGUGUGACCAUAAUGUGAAGUUACCACAUGUUUCACACGCGCUUGUGUGAAAAGGACUCGGGAUGGGAGGAAGGUGGCUAUUAUUUUGUGUAGAAGAUUAAUGUGUUUUCCUUUUUUGUUGUCAUUGGGUUGUGCAUAAUAUGUGAAUUUUGAGAGAGAGAGAGAGAGAGAGAGGUGAUGAUGUGUCUCAAAAUCAACCAAAAUAUUUCGGGCACAAGCGGUUGAUGUGGAAUAAAGGUGGAAUCUUUGGAAACGGGAAUUGACAGCAAUGUGGUCUGCAGCUGGCUGGAGGUUGGAGAGAGAGAGAGAGAGAGAGAGAUGCGAAAAUAUCAGUUAUGUUUUUACCAAAUUUAGUUGUUCUUCAGCUUCUAGAACUGAGCAACACGCAUCAUCAUCUUUCCAGAUGCAAAUGGCACGUAUUCAAAUAGAGAAAAAGAAAUUCUGAAA